AUGCAUAGGCUUGGUACAAUCUUUAUGGACCUUGAUGCCCUGUCUGGCAUCGUUGUGUACAAGCAUACCGGUCCGGGUGUCACUACUGUGACGGCUGCGCUGGACCGCAUCACGAUAGCUCACCCACUUACAGAGAUUUGCGAUCUCGAAUACAGUGGUCAAGUAACCUACGCAACCGGCCGAAGUAGUGUAGAAAUCACAUGUAAGGUUGCUAGAGCUAGAGGAGAAGGCGAGCCCAGCAAGCCGGAAGACGUACUGCUGACAUGCACCUUCACAAUGGUUGCUUUGGACCCUGUAACCAAGAAACCAACCAAUGUGCCAAAGCUCAUCUGCUCUACCCCCGAGGAGGAGGAGAUAUUCAAGGCCGGCGAGGCGAAAUCUCUGGCCAAGAAAGAAAUGCUUAAGAACUCUCUUCUCGAGCAGGAGCCCAAUGACCCUGAAUCGGCCCUGAUUCACAAGAUCUGGCUGAAGCAGGUCGAGUACCACGACCCAAACAAGAGUUUGCGACAGCCAUCAAACGUGGUGGCUAUGUCCAGGACACAGCUUUCGACAGCUUCCAUCAUGCAGCCGCAGUACCGCAAUAGGCACCAAACGAUGAUUUUUGGUGGCUAUCACUUGAAGCAGACCUUCGAGCUGGCUUUCUGCUGUGCUGCCAGUUUCGCGCAUGCACGCCCUACAUUUAUCAGUGCCGAUCCCUGCACCUUCCGCAAUCCUGUUCCGGUUGGUAGUGUGCUGUAUCUGACUGCGACUGUGGCAUACACCGAUCCACCAUUGCUAGAGGAAGAUGGCAGCGAUCCACAGCAGAAAGACCCAAAGAAUCCAAUGACGCGUGUGCAUGUCCGCGUCGACAGCAAGGUCCGAGAUGUUGAACAUGGCAAUGCCAAUUCAACAGGGCAGUUCAAUUACACCUUUUCUGUCCCUAGGGACGUCAAGGUCUUGCCGCAUACAUACCAGGAGUACAUGAUGUACGUCGAUGCCAGAAGGAGAGUGAAGAUUGGAGAUCUUCAGAAGCGUCAAGAUGAGGCCGACUCACCUGACGACAAGAUCCGAAUCGCAGAGAACGCGAGCGUUACAGAGUAA